AUGCAAGGAGACUACGUUCAUUGCUUUUCUCUCCCUGUGUCAAUAAUCCCUUUAAUAGAAUUCAAAUUUCUUCUUUAUUUUCUCACUUUCUUUAUAGCUUUCAUUCUUUCUUUCCUUCUAUCUUUCUUUCACUCUUUUUCUCUUUCUUUCUUUAUCUCUUUUUUCUUUCUUCCUUUUUUUCUUUAUGUUUCCCUUUCUUUCGCUUUUUUUCUCUUUCUUUCUUUCUUUCUUUCUUUGUUUUUCUCUCUUAUUUCUUUCUUUCUCUUAUUUUUCUAUUUAUCUCUUUCACUAUUUCUCUCUUUCUCUCUUUCUUUCCCUUAUUCUUUCUUUAUUUGUUUCUUUCUCUCUUUCUUUCUUUCUUUCUUUUUCUCACUUAUUUCUUUUUUCUUUCUUUCUCUCUUUCCCUAUUUAUUUAUCUCUUUCUCUAUUUCUUUCUUUACUUAUUUAUUUCUUUCUUUCUCACUUUCUUUCUCUCCCUCUUUUAUCUUUCUUUCUCUUUCCUUCUUUCUUCCUUUCUUUCUUUUCAUUUAUUUCCCUCCAUUUCUCUAUUUCUUUCUCUCUCUUUUCUUUAUUUCUCGCUUUUUCUCCCUCUUUCUUUCUUUCUUUCUUUCUUUCUCUUUUUCUCUAUUUAUUUAUCUUUCUUUCUUUCUUUCUUUACUUAUUUCUUUCUUUCUCACUUUCUUUCUUUACUUAUUUCUUUCUUUCUCACUUUCUUUUUCUCCCUCUUUUAUCUUUCUUUCUUUCCCUCAUUCUUUCUUUCUUUCUUUUCAUUUUUUCUCUCUAUCUCUCUGUCUCUUUCUCUCUCUUUCUUUCUUUAUUUCUCUCUUUCUUUCUUUUUCAUUUAUUUCUCUCCAUCUCUCUAUCUCUUUCUCUCUCUUUCGUUCUUUAUUUCUCUCUUUCUUUCUUUCUUUUCAUUUAUUUCUCUCCAUCUCUCUACCUCUUUCUCCCCCUUUCUGUCUUUAUUUCUCUCUUUCUUUCUUUCUUUCUUUCUUUUCAUUUUUUCUCUCCAUCUCUCUAUCUCUUUCUCUCUCUUUAAUUCUUUCUUUCUUUCUUUCUUUCAUUCUUUCUUUCUUUCUUUUCAUUUAUUUCUCUCCAUCUCUCUAUCACUUUCUCUCUUUCUUUCUUUCUUUCUUUCUUUCUUUCUUUCUUUAUUUCUCUCUCUCUUUCUUUCUGUCUUUCUUUCUUUCUUUCUUUUCAUUCAUUUAUCUCCAUCUCUCUAUCACUUUCUCUCUCUUUCUUUCUUUAUUUCUCUCUUUCUCCCCCUCUUUUCUUUUUGUCUUUCUUUCUUUCUUUCUUUUCAUCACGGUAUAUUUCUCCCCCCCGUUCACUAUUCUACUUGUGUUUCGUCCUCUCUUUCACUCAAACACACUCCCCCCCACAGCACGAACUCUUUCACCUUCUCUAUCCUUUUAUUCUAUCUUUAAUUCUCUUACGCCGAUUCAGAAUGAAUUAUUUGCCUCUGUCUUUCAUUCUCUAUUCAUUUCUCCUGUUUUCGACCGACUGACUUUUCUCCGCCCCCCCCCAUUCCUCUAUGUGCUGAAAACUCUCCCACACUCCAACUCUCUCAAUCUACAUUUGUUCUUUAUUUCCAUUUUGCGCUUAUAUGUAAUCUGCCAAUAUUUAAGGAAGUGA